AUGGUGAGACAAUGUUUCCAAAAAAAUGGGAUGGAGGACCUGAGAGGAGGCCUCACAGAACGUGACGUGACACUGAAUGCAGAUCUUGAACUCCACUCCCUGACCUCCUGCGGAUUUGAACUUGGCGCGCUCAAGGCCCUGGGAGCCACCAGCUGGAGUCCACCCACAGCUGUUCUGAGUUCUGAGCGCAGCUGCCCCCUCACCAAGAUGGCUACCGGCCAGUCACCUGUCCCGGGUGAGUUACCUUGCCUCUGCAGGUUCAGCCCGCUGGUCCCUCGGGCUCUGGGAGAGAGCACUGCUUGGUACCUCGCUCCUCUCCACUCUCCCUGUGGGCUUCGGUUCUCCCCUCAGAUCCUCCCUGGGUCCCGGGGACCCCCCCUCCUUGGACUACUACGUUCCAGUGUUAGGACACCAAAUCUUGGAGAGGCUCUUUCUCUGCUGCUCACCGCUCCACCAUCUUCUCGGAAGUCUGCUGUGCAGUAUCUGGGUUUGAAACCUCUCCCAGGCAGAGGGAGAGCUCUGAUCGUGUCAGGAGGCCUGGCUCUGGUCCUCCUGGGAGUCUCUCGUGGCCCAAGAUCUCUCAUUGGACCUACUCAGCUCCCACAGCAGAAGAUGCAGCUGCAGGAGGCCUGCAUGCGCAAGGAGAAGAGUGUGGCCCUGCUGGAGCACCAGCUGGUGGAGGUGGAGGAAACGGUGCGGCAGUUCCGGGGGGCUGUUGGGGAGCAGCUGGGCAAGAUGCGGCUGUUCCUGGCCGCGCUGGAGGGCUCUUUGGACCGGGAGGCAGAACGAGUUCGGGGCGAGGCUGGGGUGGCCUUACGGAGGGAGCUGGCAGGCCUGAACUCCUACCUGGAGCAGCUGCGGCAGAUGGAGAAGGUGCUGGACGAGGUGGCCGACAAAGCACAGACCGAGUUCCUCAUGAAAUAUUGCCUGGUGACAAGCAGGCUGCAGAAGAUCCUGGCAGAGUCACCACCCCCUGCUCGUCUGGAUAUCCAGUUGCCUGUCAUUUCAGACGACUUCAAAUUCCAGGUGUGGAGGAAGAUGUUCCGGGCUCUGAUGCCAGGUACUGAGAGGGCGGACCCCGAGCUUGUGUGUGAGGGGUUAGUGGGGUCCCAAUUCAACUCAGGAAGGCACCGAAGGCACCCGCACCUCAGCUCUGGCUCCCCCUGCAGCCCUCUAAUCUGCACGUGGAAGACUUCGGAGGGCAUGGUGUUCACAGGUGACAGACAGGGGGAGAGCGUUGCUGUUGGCAGACAGGAGGCUGGGGCUUGAGUUUGAACCACUGACUCCCGUGUCAUCCUUGGCCAGGCACUGCCUCUCUCUGGAUAUGGAGACGAAGAUUCCUGUUCAUGGGGGUGGGCUGGGGGCUGAGGGUCCGAAGCGCACCUGGAACCCUGGGCACUGGCCUGGGUCAGACACUGGCUCUCGAGCCCAUGGCUGGGGUAGCUCAAGCCUGAGCCUUGGCUCCCAAGGGUACAGCACAUCCGGAUGCUACAGGCCAUGCGGCACAUCUGACGCAGCCCUUGCUGUCUCUGGUUGGUGAGCUGAGACCCGGGUUUAGUCCAGAGAAAACUGAGACCCAGAAACCCGGUCAGGAGAGAGGCCAGGUGUGGUGGCACAUGCCUCUGAGGCGGAGGCAGAAGCAUCCCGAGUUCCAGUGUAGACAGGGACAAGGGUUCAGUCGCCAGGAACCCCAGCCCUCCACGGGAUGACUGAGGACCAGGCCUGGCGAUGGCCUGAGGCGACCUGGGUCUAGUUGGGGCCACAGGCGGCGGGUCCCUCCCUGGUUACCCGCAGAGCUGCCCCGGCCCGAAAGAGGGAAUUGGGGCUCGUUGGGCGGCUGGGCAGAAUGAUCCAGGGCGGCCGGC